CACCUGCGAAGGGACAUAGCAGGAGCCAACAACGGAUAGAUGCCAUCCCGACUACUUCGUCGUGCAGCGCAACUCAGCGCAGUCGCUACCAUUCCGCCUGCGUACUUCGCAUAUCGUACCAUCACUCGUCUCGAAGCGAAAUACCCUCCCUGUCCCCCGGAGUCGUCUUCGACGCCCGCGCUCCGAACACCUGCAAACCCCGCAACCCAGCACGUUCCUUACGUCGACGUCUACGCUACCCGCGUCCCAGCUCGUGGUUUGAUCGACCGCGGCCAGGAGAACAAGUCUGCGAGCCUCGAAGAGGCAUGGGCCCACACGUUCCUCGAGAACAAGCUUCUCAGGGCGACCGGGCCCAUCAUGGGCACCAAGAAGUCAUCCGAGCAAACCGACUACGGGGAGCAUGGCUUCCACGAGGGCCAGAAGUUGGCCAACGACCUCUUCCUCAUCUUGCGCCCACCAGCGCCCGGCUCGCCAUUGCUCGUGGACUGGCGGUUAUCGGACGGGCCUGUCUCUUUCUUCCGUCGUAUCGCCGCUUGGGGAUACCCCUGGAGGCUGAUGUCGGGCGGCCGGCACGAGUUCGGCGUUGGACCGGUGGACGCGGAUGGUACAGUCGAAGUGCGAUUUGGGAGCGCGCAUGAUUACGAUUGGGUGGAGGAGGAAGGCGACGCACAGAAGACGAUCCCGGAGUGGGUGAAGAGGUGCCACAGGGCAUACGCGAGGUGGCUCUUGGACGAACGAGUUGAGGAAGUCGAAAGACGCGCGAGGGUAGUUGACGAGGGAAAGGCCUGAGUGGACUUCGCUAGGGCGGCUCGAGACACAGGAUGAUAGGAGUUCACUUGUGUCUGCAAUAAAGCCUUACUACUAUAUCACUGCGCUAUGUGAGAGAGUUCGUUACGUGAGGGAGCUCAUUACGUGAGAGAAUUCAUUGCAUGGUUCUGUGAGUCCGGCUGUGAGGUAAAAAUUCCGCAGCGUGGUUCGACGGCUUCACUUGAUGACCAGCCUGAGAAUCAGUCCCCUAGCCAGGGUGGAUUCUGACUACCAAGAAGUCAAUACGUUGUAUGCUCGCUGCCACAGGGUGUCUGGCCCAUCUGAGCCGUCACAACAGCUACUGCACGAGCUCAUCACACGGCUGCCGCUAUCAUCGGGCGACUGCUUCCGAGCAUCGCGUCGGCUCUCCCGGACAAGGUCCUCGACCGUAUCGGCGCUUGGCACUGGUAGUUGUUGGUCGCGGGGUACUCGACGAGGGUCGCUUGUGGCGAUCGGAGACCGAGAGCGACGCGGAGCUUUAGACAUCUCUGCUAUGAAUAACUCCGCCACACUCUGGCGAAGUUGUUUCACCUCCUGCUCGGCAUCCGUUUUCUUACGAGCAGAACCAACCGCGCGAGGGACAAUCGCAUGACCGUCUUCCUCUUCCCCGACCUGAUUGCAGCAUGCGACUUCAUAAGCCCAAAGCCUUAUCCGCUCGUCAGAUUCCUUACCAGACGCCGCGAAUUUCGACCCGAGAUAUGUGUCAGCCCUCCAUGCCCUUCCGCCUUGGGACCCAUGACCGUUCCGACACGUCUUCGCACGGAGAUAUUCAGCAUGCGGGCCUAGCGAUGCCAGAAAUUGCACAACACAGAAGGCGUUAUAUGGUCGUUCCAAGUCAAAGACCGUCAGGAUCCGCGACGAUAUCCCUCUGGCAC